GUUCAUUUCGUUUUCAUACGUUGUCCGGAGCAGUUCAAAAUUCUCAGUAAAUUUUAAGUAGUGUUCUUUUUCGGCAUAUAACUUUAUUUUAUUAACACAGAUGUCUGCUCCGGGACCUUCUGGCCAAGGACCUUCUGGCCAAGGGCCUUCUGGCUGCACCCUGGCCAAGCUGCGCAGCUUCGUGAUGAACAGCAACCUGGCGCCCCAUUUGAGGCGCUUCAGCACCUCCAGCGGCGUCGUCGAGCAGGUGGAACGCCAUUUCCGCAUUUUGCUGCGGGGCAUCAAAUUCUGGGAGCUGGACCGUAUCCAACCAAUGUUCACUGCGCUCUGCAUGCUCAUCCUGACCAAGGAGACGAACACGGAUGGUCUUUGCUUCAAACGCAGCGGCCUGAUGGGACGCUUCAUUGGGUUUGUUGACUGCUUGGACCCGAUGAAGGCUCAUCAGCUACUCGAAAAGAUGCUGGAGGAUCUGGCAGAGUAUCAAGUUGAUAACGAUGUGAACCUACUCAAACUCGCAUCAAAGCUGUACGACAUAAGCCCUAGCGGCCGUGUCUUGGCCGUCUGCCUACUGUGGACGGUACUGGGCCAUUGCCUGCCCGCUCUGGAGAUAACCAUGUAUCGCUACAGGGAGCCAAUGGAACUGGUCGAGGCCAUUCGAAAGAAGCCACCAACCUCGCCCAGCGUCUGGCUGUCAGAUGAGAAUGAGCUGCCCAUGGAGACCGUACAGGCGAAUAUGGAGUCACUGCGCGUGAUGUUGGAGGCGAUGGAACGCGUCCUCGAUCUGCUGCUAUCUUGUGACAACGAUGAUCUGAGGAAAUUUGGCUAUCCGGACCACUUUUUCGUCCUCGAGAGAGCUGAAAGCACUUUCCUCUCCGACUGGUGCAUCGAUUUGUCCAAUGAGCUGCCUGCCAGUAUGUGCGGAUCUCGUGGAAAGUUUGGCGCACCCUUGCACGGCAUUAUCGGCCUGCUGAUGAAGUGCAGAGAGGAAAGUAUUCCAGAUUUUGAUGCAUCAGCGAUGGUGGAGACCACCAUGAACCUGAGCAGCGAUUAGGCCAAGGUCAACAAUUUCUUUGCCAUUGGCAUUUUUCUUCUUCAUAUUUUUUCUAAAUUUUUCUGGAGUUUAUAUUUUUUUGUACCACCGUUGAUGAUUACGGGAUUCAAUUUUAAAACCAGAGUCCACAUUCAAAGGAUUUACGUCUGGAUUUACAUCUAUAUAUUCAUCACAACACCAAGAACCAAAAGAAGAAUCGCCUUGGAAGACAUUUCAAAGCCAGAGAGAGGCUAUCUAUAAAAAAAAUGAACUGAAACCACAUAUUUUGCGGAAUAUGACAAAAAGUGGGCUUUAUAAAAGGUACACUACUACGAAUUAAGCAUUAGAAUAGUAGAUAAAUCGUCUUGAAAGACAAAGAGGCUAUCUAUCAACAAGUGAAUGAACUGAAAAUCCGAUACGGAACAUGACAAAAUGUGGGCUUUAUAAAGGUAUACUAAUACGUAUUAGGAAAAGGACAUUAACAACCGAAUGAGCGGAAAUCCAAAUAGUCCUAGUAGCCUUUAUAGAGGAACACUACUAUUAAUUAAGAAUAUUAGAAUAUAAGAUAUUGGAUUUAAGCCGUUCCGAGUGACAAUACGCGUCACCACACGGCAUCGACACUCUUACAAAACAAGGAUGCUCACACUAGACACUGAGAUAUAAUCAAAAGUGGUUUGCUGGUAAUGAUUUAACCUGGCAACUUGGCAAAAACAUAUCGCUCUGCUACUAAGUAUAUCAAUCGGCGGAACGAAGACACAAUGCUCUAUGAAAGGGCUGAAAGAAUACAAAUCGAGAACAUGAAACACAGAAUUUAACGGCAUUUAACAACGACCUGCCCAAGACGCACUAUAUAGUAUUAAGAACUAGAUAUACAUAUUUAUCAAAACAUUCAGAGAAUCCGUCAUGCCAAGACGGAUUUUCUUGGCUAAUUGAGGGAGCCAUAACUUGCAAAAUAUGAUUUAAACAAGAACGAAGAACAACGAACGAAACCAAAGCAAUGCUGGGGACAAAUUUGGGAUUUAAGGGACCCAUUAAUCAUUUAUCGGAGAUCCAAUUAGUAAGCACGACUAAUAUUGGUGGUAAACAUACAUACGGAUACUUGGUUACUUGGUUGGUCCUUGUAGAUUUUGUAUGAUAAUAACGGUCCCAUCUCUGGAAUACCACCCAUCCGAUAUCUGAUUUAUACUGAAACAUACAAUUCAAAAAUCGCUAUGGAAACAUCAACAAAACACGAAUUUACAUCAUACAUAUUCACACACACAUUUUCGGAUCGCUGUUUAUAAGAAAAUAUAUAAACAGGGACCAUACAGGCAGGCAACAACUGUAACAACUUUUCACUUUAGUAAUGAAUAUGCGGAUGAUUAAUAAAUAAUAAUGUACAACAAA